AUGACCGACCCAUUGAAAUCCUACGACUCCUCCGGCCGCCCCAAGCCCGCCGCAGUCUCGCAAAACGUCUACAACAUCGCCGGUAUCUCCGUAACAGUCUACGGUCUGAACGAGCUCCGCUCCCAGGCUACAGGUGUCGCAUGCCUGUGGCUGCUUCACCCUCGUCUUGCGACGCAGGAGCGUAUGACUGGUAUCGCGGAGGCGACUAUCAAUGACUGGAAUGAGAAGACGCAGGCUACGCCGUCGGCGAAGGGGUUGAUUGCGGUUUCUUUUGACCAGCGGAAUCAUGGGGCGAGGAUGGUGGAUCCGCUUGCCAAUGAGGCUUGGAGGCAGGGGAAUCCUCGGCAUGCGCAGGAUAUGUUUUCUAUUUUCCAGGGCACCGCGCGCGAUACUUCGCUGCUGAUGGACUACCUCGCUGCGUUUAUCUUCCCUAAUGGCGAGCACAAGAUCUCGGAGAACCUGGUACUCGGCGUGUCACUGGGCGGACACGCCGCGUGGAGCUGCUUGUUGCACGAGCCUCGCAUCAGCGCCGGUGUUGUCAUCAUCGGCUGCCCGGAUUACCUCAAUCUCAUGGUUGACCGUGCCCGUCUAUCCAAGCUACCCUCCUGGACCAAGACCAACCCUCCCGGCGCAGAGAUCCUCGGCUCGGAGGCUUUCCCGACGUCCUUCGUGGAUAUCGUCAAGCGGUAUGACCCCGCCAGUCUGAUGCUGGGUUAUAUAGAUACCGGCUCGUCCAGCCUGCAACGUGAUGGACCCCUGCCCGAGCCGACGGAGCAACAGAAGCAGGAACUGCGUCCGCUGCUGACGCGGUUAUUGGCCGGCAAGCGGAUUCUGAACCUGUCCGGUGGCAUUGAUAAGUUGGUGCCGUAUCACCGCGGAGAAGCGUUUUUGGAUUGGUUUAAGAGUGCGGUUGGAUCGAACGGGUGGUUUGGCGAGGGCGGUGUUUGCUUUGAGGAUAUCAUUGACCGGUCUGCGGGCCACGAGGUGACGCCUAAAAUGGUUGAUGAGGCUGUUCGGUUCGUGAGCGAGACACUGGCGAUCAGUGCGGAUAAGACGGGGCGGAGAGGCUCGGUGCGGGAGUCGAAGAUCUGA